CUCUUGGAAGAGAGAGAUUUGGCUGUUUGCAUCUUUGAGGGUGGGGGCAGGAUUGAAAUCUUAAAAUCUUUAGCUGCCUUGGCGGCCCCAGUAAAUCCUCAGCCAUGGAAGCCGUACAGAGCACCUGGCAUUAAUCACAUGGGAGGAAUCAUUCACGCUGAUUGGCUGCCCGACAUAAUAUGCAUUUUGGGUUGUGCUUCUCAUGUUCAUGUUUGCCUGGGGAUUCGCUGCCUCCUCCUGCCCGACUCCUCUUCAUCCCAACAGCCCUUCUGCCCCCUUCUCCUCUGCUGGCUGCUUGCACAGAUCUCUUGGACGGUAGCGAAGAAAUCCACGAUGGUAAACCCGUUCGCAGUCAUUAUGUCCUGGGCUCCAGUGAACCUUGAGAUUUAUCCCCUAGCUAGCCAGACACGUCCGCAAACAUCAGAGGCCAGCCUCAUAACACCCACAACUGAUCUUUAAGCAGCCUGAGGGAGGUGUUUUUUUCCCCUAAAGGACCAAACAGGCGUGAGAAGCUUGCAAAAUAAUAUAAAAACAAUGACAUUAAUCCUGACCUGCAAAGUACAGCACAGAUGCUCCUGAUCCACCGAGGCAACACUUAGGUGUCUUCUGAUCAGUGUAGCCUCCUUCUCUUUGGGGGACUUGCUGCCUUUUUGAAAUCUUUUCCUCUCCCCCUUCCUAGCCAUCUGAGAAAGGGUAUCUUUCCACAGUCAGAGAUUUCCCAAGAGAAGGGGAAGGAGAUGGAAGUGGAGGACCCAGGAGGACGUGGAAUUGGCAAGAGAUCAAGAAAAGGCCCUCAGCCCAGCCAAGCAGGGAGUGGUGUAGAAGUCUGGGAAGGAGCUGUGCCAGACAACCUGGAUCAAGGUACUAGGAGCUCAAAUGUACAUGGGCGAUGCUUCCAGCAGUUAUGUUAUAAUGACACUGAUGGGCCCCGAGAGAUUUGCAGCCAGCUCCAUGGACUUUGCAAGCACUGGCUGAAGCCAGAGAGGCACCCCAAGAAGCAGAUGCUGGACCUGUUGAUUCUGGAGCAGUUCCUCACCAUCUUGCCCCAGGAAAUACAGUGCUGGGUCAGAGGAUGCAGGCCAGAGACCAGUUCCCAGGCAGUGGUCCUGGCUGAAGGCUUCCUUAUGAGUCAGGCAGAGGAGAAGAGGCAGGCCGAGCAGAUGUGGGAACCAUCCAUGAAGAUUCAAGCUACAUUUUCUGAGGCAGAAGGAGCUCCUUCAGAGGAGUGGCAGACAGACCUGGCCCAGGAGCGUGCCCAGGAUUCUUUCCCUCAUGGUUUUCCACUGGCAUUUGGUGAACAACAGUCAGAUGUGGGUUACAGAAUUAGGAAUUCCAGACCAAUGUCUGGCAUCUCCAGGAGCUAACGAGUGGGCCAUAGGGUGGACAUGUCUCAUUUGGCCAAAACCUGAAUGCAGUUACUCUGGAAACCCAUUUGUAUGACCUUAGAUUUUUUUUCAAAGCAUCGA